CGAGCCAACCACGCCAUAAAACCGCUCACAAGCAGAUCACGUGCACCAUUCUCCGGACUUGUUCCUUGUCAGCAUUCUUUCAGCAGCAGCUGCUGCAUUCCGCAUCCAAGGUAACACAACCAACGGAACUCUGCAUAUAAGCACGAGCCGACUCGAAAGCCCGGAUCCGAUAUUCAUUCUAGAAAGCUUGUUUUUUCUUCCUACUGCGCGUUCAACGUCACACUUUUAUACCCGCGCAAAAGUAGGAAGGCCAAGGUGUGAAGGUAGGCAGGCGCAUGGGUGAAAUGGGUGAAGGGGUUGAGCAGCCUGCGCUGCAGGUUAUUGUUCUGGGUGCUGGAGGUGGACCCAAAGAAGAUAAUGUUACUGCUUUCCUUGUCCGUUCAACCGCUGCCGGAUGGAAGAAAGGAUCCUUACUUGCGGUUGAUGCAGGUGUCCAUCUGGCAGCAAUUGCUCGGAUUCUGGAUGGCCAUAAGUCGAUACGAACAGAAGACAGCAAACCUCCUGCCAAACCUAUCACGUUGGUUGAUGGCCCAUUCGAAGGACUCCAGAUAGCGGAAGGCUCGUCGCCUAGUGCAAACGCGGCAUUCAUCACGAGAGACCUUGUCGAGUGUUUUCUCAUCACGCAUCCCCAUCUAGAUCAUAUUUCUGGUUUCGUUAUCAAUACAGCUUCUCUUCCAAGUGCUCGUCCAAAACGAUUAGCGGGUCUUCCAUCAACCAUUGAGGCUUUCAAGAACCACAUCUUCAAUAAUAUCAUCUGGCCGAAUUUGACUGAUGAGAACAAUGGAGCAGGAUUGGUUACUUACCUACGAUUAGUUGAAGGCGGUACUCCAGCAUUAGGAGACGGGUAUAUUGAAGUGUCAGAUGGCCUCAGUAUUAAGACUUGGAGUGUAAGUCAUGGACACUGCAUUGAGCGACACAAUCAUCGAGGUUCCAAUGCCGGCUCUGGCUUUGUAACGAGCCCAGGUGUAGAAGCAUCGCCACGACUGAACCCGACUUCAGGCACGAUGGUUCGCUCAAGUUCCCAGUCAAGUCGUGUUGCCGAUGACAAUUUGAGAGCUGACCAAUAUUCGCAACGCUAUUGUGUAUACGACAGUUCCGCCUAUUUUAUCCGGGACAUUGCUACCAACAAAGAGAUAUUGAUUUAUGGAGAUGUCGAACCGGAUUCAAUCUCUUACUCGCCACGCAAUCGACAAGUAUGGGCCGAUGCUGCACCGAAAGUUGCCAGUGGAAUGCUAGGUGCAAUAUUCAUCGAGUGCUCGUACGACGACUCGAGGCAGAAGGAGCUAUUGUUCGGCCACUUAACGCCGAAAUAUCUCGUUGAGGAACUUAGAGUCUUGGGCAAUGAAGUCAAACUGUACAUCAACAUGGCGAAGAAUGGACCAAAUAUCAAAAAGCGCAAGCUUGACGGAGAUGGUAAUGGUAGUUUCUUGCUUCCAUACGCUCGUCGGAGAUCCACACGCAAUGAAAGUCCCACAAGUCCUACUUCUCGGCGAGAAAACCGGGGAUACGUCUCAUCAGAUGAUGGCACGUCUGAACGGCAAGUAAAUGCGGAAAGUCAUGACCAUGGUUCUUCUCCUACACCAGUGUUCCAUGUCAGUACGGAAGCUCCACUGGAAGGAGUCAAAAUUGUGGUCAUCCACAUGAAGGAGAAGCUUGACGAUGGACCGGAUCUCGGAGAAUUGAUCCUGAAGCAAUUGAAAGGUCACGAAAAGGGUCAGUUGGGGUGCGAAUUCAUUAUCUCGUAUACGGGACAAUCGCUGUAUUUCUAGGAAUUUUGGGCUGUCACGGAGUUCUUGAACCCGAUUCAUUGGGUCAAUGGCUUGUAUGGGCGGCAUAAACUUAGCGUGGAGUUGGCGUUCGUUCUUGCUCCCUUUACCACUGGGUUCGCAUUCGGACUCAUUUGCUGUCUUGGUUGCUUUGUUGGGGCUUUGCUUUGGCUGGGAUGGGAUGGCAUGGGAUGGCAUGGGAUGGCAUGAGACAUGAUUAUGGAAUUGGAGUGGUGUAUAUUAUACGUUAUCGCGGAGGUCGUCCUCCUCUAGCGUCGAGGAACGAUCGUCUUCGUUAGGAAUGAAGAGAGACU